UGGGGGCUGGGAGGGGUCGGGUCGGGGAGCAUGCGCGGUGCGCACCGGCCGCGGAUCGUCUUCCUGAGUCGCCCGAGCUGCUGGUCUCGGGGUCCCCGAAUUGCGGGCGGCCCGGGCUUCCUCGGCCAUGGCCCCCCCGCUGGUGCGCAGGUCCCCGAUGUCGCCGCCGCUGCUGCUGCUGCUGAGCCUGACGCUGCUGGGCACCCGGGCCCGCGCUGAAUCUGCCACCGGGAGCGCAGUCCCUGCACAGAGCCGCCCGUGUGUUGACUGCCACGCGUUCGAGUUCAUGCAGCGCGCCCUGCAGGACCUGCGGAAGACAGCCUACAGCUUGGACGCGCGGACGGAGACCCUCCUCCUACAGGCCGAGCGCCGGGCCCUGUGUGCCUGUUGGCCGACCGGGCGCUGAGGACCCUCACCAGCACUGUCCCUUGUCAAUAAACGCCCAGCCAGCA